CCCUCGUCCCCGCCCUCAUCGUCCCAACCAACCAACACCCUUCCUUCCUACUUCACCCCUGCCCCUCCCCGCAGUAGCAAAGAUGGAUGCACAACAGACGACCCCUCUCUCUCAAUACGUUGGCUUCGACUCGAUCACGAGGCAGAUCGAGAGCAAGCUGCUCAAGCGCGGUUUCCAGUUCAAUGUAAUGGUCGUCGGUCAGACUGGUCUUGGAAAGUCCACGCUGGUCAACACCCUCUUUGCCUCUCACCUUAUCGAAUCCAAGGGUCGCCUCGAGGCUCACGAGUCGCCUCGCUCUACCACAGAGAUCCACCCCGUUUCGCACUUGGUCGUAGAGAAUGGAGUCAAGCUGAGGUUGAACGUCAUCGACACACCCGGCUACGGGGACCAGGUCAACAACGAGAACUGCUGGGACCCCAUCAUCAAAUACAUCAAGGACCAGCACUCGGCCUACCUCCGCAAGGAGCUCACUGCCAUGCGUGACCGCUACAUUACCGACACUCGUAUCCACUGCUGCCUUUUCUUCAUCAACCCUACUGGCCACGGUCUCCGACCCAUCGAUGUCACUGUCAUGAAGAAGCUGGCCGACGUAGUCAACGUCGUUCCCGUCAUCGCCAAGUCGGACAGCCUCACCCUCGAUGAACGCGAUCUCUUCAAGGAGCGCAUUCGCGCCGAGAUGCAGUACCACGACAUCCGCAUCUACCCCUUCGACAGCGACGAGUACGAGGAGGAGGAGCGUGAGCUCAACGAGCGUAUUCGCUCCUUGAUCCCCUUCGCUGUCGUCGGCUCGGAGCGCAACGUCGUCGUUGAUGGCAAGCAGGUCAGAGGCCGCAAGAACAGGUACGGGGUCAUCAACGUGGAGAACGAGAACCACUGCGAGUUCGUGUACCUCAGGAACUUCUUGACGAGGACGCACCUGCAGGACUUGAUUGAGACGACGGCGCUGAGGCACUACGAGGCUUUCAGGAGCAGGCAGUUGCUGGCACUCAAGGAGAGCAGCUCCAAGCAGCAGGCUGCCCAGCAGGCGCAGCAGCAACAGGCUCAGCAAGCGUAAGGGGAGGAAGGAGUAGCAGUGGUAGAGCAGCGAGUCGGAGGAGGAAGCUUCGACCUCAAUACCCAACACUAAUGGCCAGCGCCGAGCCUAUUCUUGUCAAUGGGCAGGCGCCCGCUCCACGAACACUCUCUCCCAACCCUCUACCAGACAGAGCUCGACAACUUCCUACCAGGCGUCGUUCCACUCCUUCUGUAAUUGCCCUUGUGCAAUGACCGUCUUCCGCCUCUCAUCUAGCUAUCUUCUUUGUCUCCUACUCUAGUCUUCUUGUUUCAUGCGAUAUUUGCUCUCAUUCGUCCGAAGCAGCGUGCCAAGCAGCGACUCUCGUUCUGCGAUCCUCCUUGCAAUGCCUCUCUACUGGUUGAAAUCGUACACUUUCUUCCCGUAAUAUGCCAGCGCGACCAGGCCAAGCCCUGUCAGACCCUUGGGCACAGGACCCUUGGCGAAUCUAGGCGCU